AUGGCUAGUGUUUCAUAUCAAAUCGCAAAUCUUCUAGAGAAGAUGACAUCAAAUGACAAAGACUUUCGUUUUAUGGCUACAAACGAUUUGAUGACUGAAUUACAAAAAGAUAGCAUAAAACUAGAUGAUGAUUCUGAAAGGAAAGUGGUAAAAAUGCUACUUCGUUUGCUUGAAGACAAGAAUGGUGAGGUUCAAAACCUAGCUGUGAAAUGCCUGGGACCUCUAGUAAACAAAGUGAAAGAGUAUCAGGUUGAGGGUAUAGUGGAAACCCUUUGUGCAAAUAUGUUGUCAGAUACGGAACAGCUCAGAGAUAUUAGCAGCAUUGGAUUAAAAACAGUAAUAUCUGAACUGCCGCUGGGAUCCAACACUUUAGCUGCAAAUGUCUGCAAAAAAAUUACUGGUAGAUUAAGCAGUGCUAUUGAAAAGCAAGAAGAUGUCUCUGUCCAAUUGGAGGCACUUGACAUCUUGGCAGAUUUACUUAGCAGAUUUGGAGGACUCCUUAUAUCGUUUCACCCAAUGCUUCUUAAUUCCUUACUGCCCCAACUAGCAUCGCCCAGACAGGCUGUUCGUAAGCGGACCAUUGUGGCCCUAUCACAUUUAGUGAUGUCUUGUAAUUCAACCUUAUAUAACAAACUUAUUGACCAUCUCCUCGAAGGAUUGAGUACCUCGACAUCCGCUAGUGUUAGCCGUACACAUAUACAAUGUAUUGCUUCUAUUUGUCGCCAAGCUGGUCACAGAUUUGGUGAACAACUAUGGAGAGUGGCUCCUCAAGUUUUGGAGCAUUCCACUGAUGUUGAUGAAGAGUUGAGAGAACAUUGCUUACAGGCCCUUGAAGCUAUUGUACUCAAAUGUCCCAAAGAAGUUCAGCCUCAUAUUCCUACAAUAAUUGAUUUGUGUCUAAAAAUGAUCACAUAUGAUCCCAAUUAUAAUUAUGAAGAUGAAGAAGAAGGCGGUGGAGGCGAAGACGAGGAGAUGGAGGAGGAAUCUUUUGAACCUGAUGCGGAAGCAGAGUCUGAUUCUGAGGAAUAUUCUGAUGAUGACGACAUGUCAUGGAAGGUAAGAAGAGCAGCCGCUAAAUGUUUAGAGUCGGUGAUUUCGACGCGACACGAGUUAUUGGCUGAAAUGUAUCAAACAGUAUCUCCGGCUCUGAUAGCCAGGUUUAAGGAGCGUGAAGAAAACGUUAAAUGCGACAUCCUCAGUGCUUAUACGGCCCUCUUACGCGCAACUCGGCCGCCGCCCGCACUGCAAAUACCUAUCGCGCCAACAGACAACUCUCCACAAGCUUUGCUUAUUCAAAGAGUGCCAAGUAUCGUCCGGGCCUCGUUGCGGGUGAUCCGCGGUCGCAGUGUUCGAGCUCGUGGGGCGGCGCUCGCCUUGCUGCGCGAACUGCUGGUUGCUGCGCCCGGCUGCCUCACCGACCAAACGUCUAGAGUACCCCACGUCACGCUCAUACGGGCAUUGACACCCCCACUUAUGGACAAAGGGACGGCGUCCUCAAUGAAAAUCGAGACGCUGGUAUUCGUGUGGUGGCUGUCCCGCGGGCCAGGAGCAGAGGGAGUGCGCACUCACCUUCCGGCCUUGCUUCCCGCCGUGCUGGCUUGCGUGCCGGACCCCUUCUACAAGGUCACUGCCGAGGCGCUGCGCGUCUUACAAGCCCUCGUUAAGAUCAUGAGACCUCUUGAUAACAUUGAAAAUAUCGAUGGAAGUGUGGAGGUCGAGAGCGCGCCGGAGGAAUUCCAGCCGUUCAUUCCUGCGAUGUACGAGUGCACCCUGGUUCGCCUGAGAGCCACCGACAUGGACCAGGAGGUGAAGGAGCGCGCGAUUGCUACCUGCGGACAACUCAUAUGCCACUUCGGCGAUUAUCUGCAGAACGAGUUACCCGUGUGUUUGCCGAUCUUUUUGGAGAGACUUCGAAACGAAAUCACAAGACUGACCACAGUGAAAGCGCUUACGAAGAUCGCUUCGUCACCGCUCCGAAUCGAUCUCCGGCCCAUUUUAUCAGACGCUGUGCCUAUCCUAGGAUCAUUUCUGCGUAAGAACCAGAGGGCGCUGAAGCUCUCGACGUUGGUGCUCCUCGACACGCUGGUCCAAAAUUACAGCAAUCACAUCAGUAUAGAGCUUCUCAGUAAGGUAUUGACAGAAGUGCCUGCGCUGGUCUGCGAGGCGGAUCUUCACUGUGCGCAGACGGCUCUGUCGCUCGUGUCCAAUGUGUGUCGCCGCUGUCCGGCUGCGCUGAGCCAUGAGGCGCUCACGCCCAACAUUCUGACUCUGGCUAACUCCCCACUACUCCAAGGAGGAGCCUUAAAGGCGAUGGUGGGCGUCCUAUCAGCGUUGGUGGAAGCUGACGUACCGGGGUGUUCGCGGCGUGAACUGCUGUCGCUGCUCGUUGCGCCUGUUCAUCGACCCACGGAGCACAACGCGACCGCGCAUCAUAUCAAACAGUCGUAUCAUUCGCUGGCGAAGUGCGUGGCCGCGGUCGUAGUGGGCGGAGGCAGCGAAGCGAUCCAGACGACGAGAGCGUUUCUGCGUGACGCCGCGGACCCGCCCGCGGACACCGUGCACAUGUUUGCUCUCCUGGCCAUCGCUGAAAUUGGUCGACAUCUGGAUCUAAGUUCGAUACCGAAUUUAAAGGAGGUCCUGCUGAACUCCUUUACGCCGUCGUCUGAAGAAGUGAAGUCUGCCGCUAGCUACGCAUUGGGUUCCGUGGCCGUGGGCAACUUACCAGAGUUCCUGCCCUUCAUUCUCGGCGAAAUAGAGGCGCAACCGAAACGACAAUAUCUACUGUUACAUUCACUAAGAGAGAUUAUUGCGUGCGAAUCGACCACACCGGAAGGUAUAGAAGCACUGAGGCCUUUUAUACCAGAAAUCUGGGUCCAGCUAUCAAAACAUUGCCAGUGCGCAGAGGAGGGAUCUCGGAAUGUUGUUGCCGAAUGCUUAGGAAAGCUAUGCCUUUUGGAGCCGCAGGACUUAUUGCCACACCUCAAAGAAUUCCUCAAAUCUCCGGAACCACUCACUAGGACCACAGCCGUGACUGCUGUUAAAUUCACUAUUUCUGAUCAGCCUCAACCCAUCGAUGGUCUACUACGCGCUUGCAUGGCAGAGCUGCUAGUUCCCUUACGCGACCCAGAGUUGGGCGUCCGACGCGUGGCGCUGGUAGCUUUCAACUCGGCCGCUCACAAUAAGCCGAGUCUCGUUCGGGAUCUAUUGCCACAAGUCCUACCUACCAUUUACAGCGAAACUAAAGUUAAGAAAGAAUUAAUACGGGAAGUGGAAAUGGGUCCGUUCAAACACUCGGUGGACGACGGUCUCGACCUGCGUAAGGCCGCUUUCGAGUGUAUGUACACUCUGCUCGGCACGUGCCUGGACCGGCUGGACGUCUUCGAGUUCUUGCGGCACGUGGAGGACGGGCUGAGAGACCACUACGACAUUAAAAUGCUGACGUACCUCAUGUGCGCCCGACUCGCCACCUUGUGUCCCGCCGUCGUGUUGCAAAGGCUAGAAAGUCUAGUCGAGCCACUCCGCGCUACGUGCACCAUGAAGGUGAAGGCGAAUUCUGUAAAGCAAGAGUACGAGAAGCAAGACGAGCUCAAGCGGUCGGCGCUUAGGGCUGCCGCUGCCUUAUUGCAAAUACCAGAGGCCGAAAAAAACCCGCACCUGAUGGACUUCGUGACGCAGAUAAAGUCGUUCCCCGAGCUGCAGCCGAUAUUCGAGUCCAUCCUCAAGGACUCCAGCGGCGCCGGACUCGACUCCAACCUCAUGGAUCAGAGCUAG